GAAAGGGGGUGCCAAGAAGAAGACGAAGAAUGAGAGUGACGAUGACGCCAGCUGCCAAAGUGACUGCUCUGAGUCUUCAGAGCAGGAUGGAGAUUCCGAGGAUGGAGAUUCCGAUUUGAAGGCUCGCAAGCUGAAGUCCGAGAACUUGGAGACGCCUCCCAAGGAUCAUGCAAUCAUCAUGUCUCGACUAAAGAGCAUUGUUUCGGAUGUGAAGCAGAGCAAGCAGCCGAACAACAAGUACACGCUUCCGCCUGCAGUUCUGUCUUCCUUGGCUUCUAUUCCUGAGCCUGCGCCUUUCCGUCCCUCCUUGCACUUCCGGGCUUUGGCAACAAGGUACAAGAACGCCAACACUGUCGAUGACGAUAUGCCUGUGGAUGAUGAUGCUGACAAGAAUGUGCCCAAAUCACGCAAAAGGCGCAGGAAGGCAAAUAAGUUCCGGAGAGUCCGGCAGGCUGUCAUGAAUGCGAAGAAGAAUGAAUUGACCAAGCCUAAGAGGCCCGACGCAGCUAGUGCCCCGACAUCUAAGCCCAAGAGGACUGCAGGUGCAGAUGAGGUCAAGCCAGCUUCCUAUGCGCCCGGUAAGUUCAGGGAUGCCCGGCUGGACUUCAUUCGGCGCCAGAUGCAUGAGCAGAGUCUGUCGUGGAAGGAAGCCUGCAAGCUCUGGCUGCCAUCGGCAGAGCGUGCAUCUUUCCUGCAGGGGAUGUCAAAGUCUGAGCUGAGCAAGAGAAGGUUCAACGUUUGA